GGGAUGACUGAGGAGGAAGAAGACAAACUGUUAGCACUGAAAGACUUUAUGUUAAAAUCAAAUAAAGCUAAAGCCAAUAUAGUGGACCAGAGCCACCUGCAUGACAGCAGUCAGAAAGGCGUGAUUGACUUGUCAGCUCUGGGAAUAACUGGGAGACAAGUGGAUCUGGUUAAAACAAAGCAGGAGUCUGAUGAUAAACGUGCUAGAAAACAUGUAAAGCAAGAUUCAAAUGUAAAUGAAGAAUGGAAAAGCAUGUUUGGGUCCCUGGAACCAACUAACAUCUCCCAGCCAAUAACCAAAGGACAUGGGCAGGCUACUGAUCCUGAAGCCAUCCAGACUGGGAAGCCACUUCGUUCAGAGUCCUCAGCUGGCAUUUGUGCCACUUUGUCAUCCUCCCCACAGGCAUCUGAUGGAACAGUUGUUCAGCCCAGGAAACCGACCAUACAGGUACUGAGCAGUACAGCAUCCCCAUCUGCACACCAGUUACGCAUCACCACUUGCAAAACUGAACUUCAGCAGCUGAUCCAGCAGAAGCGAGAGCAAUGUAAUGCAGAAAGACUUGCCAAACAGAUGAUGGAGAAUGCUGAGUGGGAGAGCAAGCCUCCACCUCCAGGUUGGCGUCCCAAAGGAUUGUUGGUUGCUCACCUUCAUGAACACAAGUCUGCGGUGAACCGCAUUCGAGUCUCUGAUGAGCACUCCAUUUUUGCCACUUGCUCAAACGAUGGCACAGUGAAAAUCUGGAACAGUCAAAAAAUGGAAGGAAAAACCACUACAACCAGAUCAAUUUUGACGUACUCUCGGAUUGGAGGACAUGUAAAGACACUUACAUUCUGCCAGGGCUCACAUUACUUGGCUAUAGCUUCAGAUAAUGGUGCCAUCCAGCUUCUUGGUAUCGAAGCUUCAAAGCUCCCCAAGUCUCCUAAAAUUCAUCCAAUACAAAGCAGGUCCUUAGAUCUGAAGGAUGAUGGCUCUGUGGUAGAUAUGCAUCACUUCAAUUCAGGAGCCCAGUCAGUACUGGCUUACGCUACAGUUAAUGGAUCUCUGGUUGGAUGGGAUUUGCGAUCUAGCAGCAACGCUUGGACACUGAAACAUGAUUUGAAGUUAGGCCUCAUAACUUCAUUUGCUGUGGACAUACACCAAUGCUGGCUGUGUAUUGGAACAAGCAAUGGUACCAUGGCAUGCUGGGACAUGAGGUUUCAGUUACCAAUCUCCAGCCAUUCUCAUCCUUCUAAGGCCCGAAUCAGACGCCUGCUCAUGCAUCCUGUCUAUCAGUCCUGGGUAAUUGCAGCUGUUCAAGGCAAUAAUGAAGUCUCCAUGUGGGAUAUGGAAACCGGUGAUCGACGCUUCACUUUGUGGGCCAGCAGUGCACCACCUCUUUCAGAACUGCAG